GCACGCCAGCGCGAAUUGCCACGACGCCACCAAAGCGCCACCGCUCGUUGCGGAACGGCCCUUGCAGCUUGCGCUUUUGGGAACCCAUCUAGAUCGUGUAGAAUGAUACACAUGGUGCCUAGAUUGCCGCGGUGUGGGUCUUUUUUUCGUGGCGCACGCCAAGCCUUGUUGGGUCUGCGAGACGGAGUGCUGGUGGAGAGUGGUCUUGUCGCAGCUGGGUUCGAGAGAUGGGGGCUGUGGAGAACAUGGCGCUGGUGGUGUGCCUGGUGGUGGCCUUGCUGCUAUGCGGCGUUGUUGCGAACGGAGAUGUUAUCCGCAUGCCCACUGAUGUAGGCAAGGAUCAGCUCCUGGCCGGUCAGUUCGCGGCUUGGGCGCACAAGCACGGGAAGGUGUACAGUGCCGCGGAGGAGCGAGCGCACCGGUUCCUCGUGUGGAAGGACAAUCUGGAGUACAUCCAGCGCCACUCCGAGAAGAACUUGAGCUACUGGCUAGGGCUCACCAAGUUUGCCGACCUGACGAACGAGGAGUUUCGAAGGCAGUACACUGGUACGCGAAUUGACCGGUCGCGGAGGUUAAAGAAAGGGCGUAAUGCUACGGGGAGCUUCCGGUAUGCGAAUUCGGAAGCUCCGAAGUCUAUUGACUGGCGGGAGAAGGGUGCUGUCACUUCUGUCAAGGAUCAAGGAUCUUGCGGAAGCUGCUGGGCUUUUUCAGCGGUUGGAUCCGUAGAAGGUAUCAAUGCGAUUCGCACUGGGGAUGCAAUUUCGCUAUCGGUGCAAGAGCUCGUGGACUGCGAUAAGAAAUAUAACCAAGGUUGCAAUGGUGGUCUCAUGGACUACGCCUUUGACUUUGUCAUUCAGAACGGCGGCAUUGACACUGAGAAGGAUUACCCUUACCAAGGCUAUGAUGGCCGCUGCGAUGUCAACAAGAUGAAUGCCCGUGUAGUGACCAUCGAUUCAUACGAGGAUGUGCCAGAGAACGAUGAGGAGGCGCUGAAAAAGGCAGUUGCAGGACAGCCAGUCAGCGUUGCCAUUGAAGCUGGAGGCCGUGAUUUCCAGUUGUACUCGGGAGGAGUCUUCACUGGGAGGUGCGGCACCGACCUAGACCACGGAGUGUUGGCUGUAGGAUAUGGCAGCGAGAAGGGCUUGGAUUACUGGAUUGUGAAGAACUCAUGGGGAGAAUACUGGGGAGAGAGUGGAUACCUGCGCAUGCAGCGAAACUUGAAGGAUGACAACGGUUAUGGACUGUGUGGAAUCAAUAUCGAGCCCUCGUACGCCGUGAAGACCUCGCCCAACCCACCCAACCCUGGCCCCACUCCUCCUUCUCCACCACCUCCUGAAGUGAUUUGUGACAAAUGGCGUACUUGUCCUGCGGAGAACACAUGCUGCUGCACAUUUCCGGUAGGCAAGUCAUGCCUCGCUUGGGGAUGUUGCGCCUUGGACUCAGCGACCUGCUGCGAUGAUCACUACCACUGCUGCCCUCACGAGUACCCAAUCUGCAACCUGGAUGCAGGACUUUGCCUCAAGGGAUCACACGACAAGGAGGGUGUUGCGCUGAUGAAGCGUACACUAGCUCAUUUCAACUGGGCUGGAGCUUUUGAAUAAGUGAGGUCAAGAGAUUUUUGUAUCAUUCUUUGUGUAGUUCUUUCAAGGUAAGUGAGGUUUCUCUGUUUAUUAAAAGAAGAUUGUGUUUUUAUCUAUUAUUUUUUAUACUUUACAAGAAGUUUUCAGCGGCAUCUCAUUUCGGCAGCCUUGAGAUGAAGUAGCAGUGGUGACUUAGGAGGUUGAUGUAGCUCACAAGCUUGAGAUAUGUUUUGACUGCCAGUUCAUUGUUGUUGAUAUUCUGCACUUUGUGAACAGUGUUAAUAAUAGAAGACAUAAGUUUCAUGACCCAAGAAAAUGAAAU